AAAGAACACUUAACUGUUACUGUUUACCCUCCUCUAAGUUUUCCCUUUCUUUUCUUUCGUACACUGCAAUAUUCGAUUUCUUUCCCAACCCAAUCCCAUUUCCUUUCUCCCAUAUUAAUAUUCAAUUCAAUUCAAUUAUUUCUCUCCUUAAUUCUUCUCCCCAUCUUUCUAUUUCAAGUCCCACAUUUUUUCCUUUUUCUUCUUUCUCUAAAUAUUCUGCCUUUUCUUAGAGAUGACCUUCAAACAGUUCAACUUUUUGUCAUCAUCACCAUCUCCAUUCCAAUUCUUUGCCCUAUAAAUCCCAACCCCAUUUGGUGUUAACAAAGAAAAAUGCAAACUUUCUUCUAAAAAAAGGACUCGAAUGGGGAUGUUUAUCGAUGAAGAUGAAGAAAGUUUCAAUCUUGAUCUCAACUCUGCUGCAAUUUUCUCUUCUUCUUCUCAAGAAAGUUGUGAGGAGAUCAAUGGAAGAGCUUUUUGGAACUUCCCAUUUUCUUGUGAAUCUGAUAUUGUCAACAACAACAACAACAACAAUAAUGGGGGCUCUGAAUUCAGUGAUGGAUUGAAUCAAAAUGCUGCUAAUAACCCAACUUCUUGUUCCAAUAACACCCCCAGUAGUAGUACAGGAGCUCAAUCUAGACUCUGUGCUAGAGGCCAUUGGAGGCCAGCAGAGGACACUAAAUUAAGAGAGCUUGUAGCUCUUUAUGGCCCUCAAAACUGGAACCUCAUAGCAGAGAAGCUAGAAGGAAGAUCCGGUAAGAGUUGCAGAUUGAGAUGGUUUAAUCAAUUGGAUCCAAGGAUAAAUAGAAGGGCAUUUAGUGAAGAGGAAGAAGAGAGGUUAAUGCAAGCACAUAGAAUAUAUGGAAACAAAUGGGCAAUGAUUGCAAGGCUAUUUCCAGGGAGGACUGAUAAUGCAGUGAAGAAUCAUUGGCAUGUUAUAAUGGCUAGGAAAUACAGAGAACAAUCAAGGUGUUAUAGAAGGAGGAAAUUGAGCCAAUCUGUUUACAGAAAAAUGGAGGAAGAUUUGAGUUUUCUUAAUAUUCCUAAAGAUCAUAAUCAUCAUGAUACAAUUACAACAGCAGCAGCAGCAACAACAAUCACAACAACUUCUUCUUCUUCUUUUGGGAAUUUUGAGGGUUGCGUUGAUUAUGGAUUUUUAAGACAAAUGGUUAUUGGUGGUGGAGGAGAAACGUUGUCAAGUAAUUAUAACACCACUCCCAACAAUCCUUACUUCAACUCAUGUGCUCAUCUUUCAACUCUUAAUGUUCUUCCAGAUCCGAAGAGCAGAUUUUGGGAGGGAACAAGCAAUGGAUUUUUAGUACCACGAAGUCACGGCCACCACCAGUAUGAAACGUAUAACACGGCGGUGCCACCAUCAAACGGCGGCGUUGAGGGAUCUUCGUCGGUAACGGUAGAGGGAAGAAAACAAUCACCAAGAUUUAUAGAUUUUCUUGGAGUUGGAGCUACCACAUGAAAAUGUGUAUUUAAAUUAGAGAUUGGUGGAACAUAAUAUGUUCAUAUUAUUAUUAUUAUUAUUAUUGUUCAGAUAAUUGACUUGAUGAUUUUUUUUUUUCUUUUUGGUUUGAUUAAGGUUACUUAAUUUGUUAUCCUAUGAUUCGUCGACAUGUGGCUGUUUGAUUCCAUUUGUGUCAAGAAA